CCGCUGUACGCUUGCUUCUGCGGAGAAGGCGUCCGCAAAUGCACUCGGUGGGGCGGCGCUCGCUGGCACACUGCCUGAAGCUGCGAGGGUGGUGUUCUGCCGGUUGAAACAAAAAACGUGUUUGGGGCGCGAACGACGACUGAACGACUGACGCAUACCCCGACCGGCCGGCGACUUGGUGAAGCGGCGAAGACGACGGCAGGACGCGUCUCCUCGGAGGAACGCGAGCGUUCGCUUUGUUGUUCAGACGCUUGCCAGGGUCGCAUGAGGGCUCGCUGAGAACGAUAGGAGCCCGGGUGCAGUAGCGACGACGACGGGAGUGGGAGACAUGUCGUCUUCCUCGUGGAGUGACGAGCUGGUCGAGUGGGACGACGAGCUGACGCGCGAGACGGACCACAUCCAGCUGGGGCUGGUCGAGCCCUGGCUCGACUCGCACCCGCUGCCCGAAGGUGUCGAGGCGCCCCACCCGUCCAGGCUGCGAAUGGGACAGGACGCGUUCGUCGCCAGGCGGUACGAGCUGGCCGCGCACCGAUACGCCUUCGCCACUUUCGCCGGAUGCGAUGCCUUCAGCUCACGGCCUGAGUUUGCCGAGGCAGCCGAGCAUGUCCUGGACGGCACUCCGGCCAUCUACGUGUACCAUAACCGGAACACGCUUUCCGAGCUGCUCGAACUGUUCCCGCGCACCCAGCGCAUAACCCUCAAGCACGACCUGAGCGAGAGCGAGGGCUUUGUCUACGCUCCCAGGAAAGAACCGCACCACCUGGUGCACCUGGAGGGGAACUUCGCCGAUCACGAGGACACCGGGCUGGCCGUCUACGGAGACGCCGUCACCGACCUCCUGAUGGCCUGCCCGAACCUCCGCUUCCUGGAUGCAGACAUUCUCCCGGCUUUGGACGCAGCCCAGAACAACAACGAGCUGCGCGCGGUCAUCGGUAACCUUCUAGUGGUCGUGCUGGGCGGUUACGCCUACGGUCACGACGGCUGCGUCGAGUCGUUCGUUCCGGCCAGCGCCGAUCAAAUCAAACGCGCCGCCGAGAUGUGUCCCGACGCAGGGCUCGUCUACCUCGCCGUCGACUCUCCGGACUCCGUGCAGGAGCUGACCGAGUUCAACUCGCCCUCCAAGCUGUGCGUCUCCUACGAACCCGACACGACGGCCUUCUGCCCGUUCUCCAGCGUCGUGCCGGCCCUCAAGAAGUUCGACCUGUCGGCCCUCUCCCUCAGAAACUUCAGGGACGUCGACCUGAACAAGGUCGCCAAGACCGGGGAGAAGACCCUGCGCCUGCUCUCGCUGGACCACUGUCACGUCCUAGACGAAGAAGUCAAGUCGAGCGCCUUCCGCAACCUGAUCGCCCUCAGGAUCACGUGGGCGACACCCGUCACGAUGCAGUGCCUGCUGUCCGAGUGUCCCGAACUGGAGUACCUCAAGCUCGGUUCCACCGAGGUGUCCCGCAUGUUCCUGUCGCGACUGUUCACCAAGACGUCGCUGACGUCGCUCAGGAGUCUGGAGCUGCGUCUCGACCACCCGCUGGAGCACCACGGGCUCGGCGAGGAAGACCUCAACUUGAUGGUCGAGUCUCUGCCGUCGCUGAGAUACGUGUCCACGAAUUCGGCGGAGGUGCGAUUGUUUCUCCGCCAAAGCGCGCCGCACAUUCGGAUAGGAACUCUCUUCUGUGCGCUGUGCGCGGCAGAGUUUUGCCGCAGGACAGGCAGGUGCAGUGUUUCGAGCAUUUUGUGACGGUCGUAUCCAGGCUAACGUGUGGGACGCAGGAAAAAAAAACGUGCGUUGAUGCUAAAGGAGCGGCCCGUCCGUAUCAUCACGCUACCGAGCCCUUAGAACGCGGUGUUUGCGCUUAAGCUUUGCAGUGUUGCAGAGUGCCAACUAGAACACCUGCUUCGCUUCGUUAGUAUAGUGACCCUAAAAUCGUGGGUUGCAUUUGUCAAAGCAGUGCUUUGAACGUGUGGCGUUAGUGGUCGGGCAAAAUGUGUUUGCUUUGCCCUAGUUUUGUUCCCCGUUUACUAUCUUCCCUAGCAAGCUUGUAUUCAACAGCGACACGGAGCACUAGAGAGGGGGAGAAAAUAAAUGUCUAUUUAUUAGCCACUUCUGCACAUAUCGGUUGCAGGGGAACGCUGAUGACGGAAGGAUAGUCAACAGGGCUUCUGUGUGAAAGCCGAUACGUCGUUUCUUUUUUUACUUUUACUUGGUCAGUUUUCUUUUUCUUUAGCAAUGAUUCAUCCCGAACAUACGGGUCUCCGCUGAACUCUCGAUUUUAUUCUUUGAUCUAGCUCGCUCGAGGUGCGCUCUUUAACUUGUCUCGAUCGCCACACAAAACAUAAGUCAGAUUCCAUAAAUAGUACUUGAUGUACAUUGACAACAGAAUUAGAAUAAUCACCGCUUUAUUUAAACAUCAAAAUCAG